AUGGAGAAUUUGAUUGAAGCCAGAUUGUACUUUUGCUUUAGUUGUAGAAACCAUGUUGCCCUUCAUGAUGAUAUCAUUUCAAAAGCCUUUCGGGGAAGAAAUGGAAGAGGUUUUCUGUUUUCACAUGCAAUGAAUGUUAGAGUAGGGCCAAAAGAAGACAAGGAACUGAUAACAGGUCUUUAUACAAUUGCUGAUGUCUACUGUUGUGACUGCAAUCAGGUGCUUGGGUGGAAGUAUGAAAAAGCCUAUGAAGAAAAUCAAAAGUACAAGGAAGGUAAAUACAUACUUGAGAAGUCUAAAGUUGUUAGGGAAAUUUGUAGUGACUAG